CCAAGCAGGGAGAAGUAAGCGGCGAAUACGACGUCGUGAGGAGCGUAGGCUUUUCCCGAAGCAAGAUCGGGAAGGGGCAUUUGAAGGAGAAGUAUUGUUCCGAUAAAUCUGUUGCAGCGAACAAACAAAAAGGAAAGGAUGAUCAGCAUUCUCACCCAGGAACGGCUUCUGGGAGCUUCACUGGGAGUGGUAUUGACGGGGGUGGUUGUGUUUGAGCAACGCAGAUACAUCUACGCCUCUAUUUCCCAAAACCAAUCUCAGGUCGGAGAACCUAUAUUUGGAAAAAAAUCACGUUCUGAAUUUGCUCAUAAGUGGAACAAAACAGUGGAUCAGACAUUUGGACCUUUGAUAAAGUCCCUCAGCUCACGCGGAUGGUAGAAAUGUUAUGAGAAAAUUUAUUUUAAUAUCAUCUCUUGUAAUUGUGAUAUCAAAACAUACCAUACAAGGCCUUAUUUUUACCUUGACAUUUUAGAUUUUUAAAUGGUUGUGCGCAUGGACACAGCUAGCGAUGUUUGAACACCAAUGUAAUGUAUUCUGCAAUACUUGGCUGUUGCUUUAAUAUUUGAAUCAAGAUACCUGAUUUAGGAGACAGACAACGUUUUGGUGGCUGGAAAUUCGAAAUAGACAACCUAAGAAAUAGUUUGUUUGUUCGUUGACGCCAAAUAAAACAUUCAUUCAUUCUCGUUCACUAAACUAAUGCAAUCUCUAAAGUCACACCCUGCUCUUUUAUUUUCACUUUUCAAUCAAUUCUCUUCUCAGUCUCUGACAUCCUUCCUCUCUUUCUCAACUAAAUGCCGUUGCCUACACUUCAACGAAACCACUUCAAUGAUUGAUUACCUAAAUUCCAACUUCCAGUUCUCCAAAACCCAAUCCCUUUAUAUCUCCAAACGUGUUUCACGGGGCAAAUUCCCUCAAAACCCCUUAUCAGUGCUCACUUUCUUCAAACAAAUAGGCUUUUCGCAAAGCCAGAUUCUCUCUGUGAUUCGUCAAAGACCUCAGAUACUGUUUACAGACGUUGACAAAAUCUUAAGAUCCAAAAUUGAGUUCUUUCAGAUGUCUGGAUUCCAGGGUCGCGAGUUAUGCAGCUUCAUUUCAAAGAAUCCCUCCAUUUUGACUCAUAGCUUGAAGAAAACAUUGGUCCCCUCAGUUGAAGCUAUUAGGAAAAUUGUGUGCGACCAGAAAGAUUUUAUUCUUGUGUUGCACAGAUGUGGCUGGAUACUCCCAAAGUACAAAAGGUUUAUGGAUAAUGCCGUCUUCUUGGAGAGGUGUGGCAUUCUUGGGACUCAUCUUGCAUUGCUACUCAAACUUCACCCAAGGCUUUUCAUUGCACAGCAGUCCACUAUUCAAAACCGUGUUUCUCGAGCUGUAGACUUGGGUUUCCGUGAAAAUUCAAGAAUGCUUGUCCAUGCAAUUCAUACAUUAAGUUGUUUGAGCGAUAAAACAUUUGAGAGAAAGCUGAAACUAAUUAAUAGUUUUGGGUUUUCCAACGAUGAGGGCCUACAAAUGUUCAAGAGAACCCCGACUUUGUUCAGAACAUCAGAGAUGAAGUUGAAAGUUGGAAUGAAAUUCCUCUUGCACACAGUUAUGCUGCCCAAGUCAGUCCUUAUUCACCAGCCUCAGAUUUUAAUGUACAGCAUGGAGGAUCGCGUGCUUCCUCGAUAUAAAGUCUUCCAGCUGUUGAAAUCAAAAAAUCUCUGCAAGAAAGUCCCCAGUUAUAUUCAUGUGUUGUGCUUGUCUGAGGAGAUGUUUUUGGACAAGUAUAUAUCACAGUUCAGGGAAAAUGCAGAGGAGUUAUUAGUAGCAUACAAGGGUCAUUAUCUGGAGGCAUAACCAUACCUUCAAUUCUGUUUUUUCACUCUUCUACAGGAAGCCUGGGCAAUUUGGGACCAACAACAGUCGGAGAACCUAUAUUUGGAAAAAAAUCACGUUCUGAAUUUGCUCAUAAGUGGAACAAAACAGUGGAUCAGACAUUUGGACCUUUGAUAAAGUCCCUCAGCUCACGCGGAUGGUACAAAUGUUAUGAGAAAAUUUAUUUUAAUAUUAUCUCUUGUAAUUGUGAUAUCAAAACAUACCAUACAAGGCCUUAUUUUUACCUUGACAUUUUAGAUUUUUAAAUGGUUGUGCACAUGGACACAGCUAGUGAUGUUUGAACACCAAUGUAAUGUAUUCUGCAAUACUUGGCUGUUGCUUUAAUAUUUGAAUCAAGAUACCUGAUUUUUCUCC